AUGUACCGUCUCGCCGAUAAUCUUGGUAUGGAUGCGCUCAAGAUCCUGGCUGCCAAUGAUCUCCGGAUGAAUCUAGAUGAGCUAUUUUCACAAUUCACUUCCUGGUAUCCGGAACUGUUGGAGACACAAGUCGAGUUCUUCUGUGACAACUGCCUUGACAGCGGCAUCCUCCCCGCGCUCGAGCAGAAGAUAUCGGCCAUCGUUACUGGCCGGUUGCCCCACGCGGAUGCUGUACUCAAUCGCCUGUUCCGUGCAUGGGUCGGCAGGGCGCCAACACCCAAAAGUAUGCCCGCAUUGUCUGCCGUACUACAGAGUAUUCCAGGGGACGAGCCGCAAGCGGAACACAGAGGUAAAACAUCUGCAUCUUCUGGUAAGCCGGUGUGCAAACCGCAUGACCAUUUUCCUCCCUCCUUCGUUCCCAGUUGGGGGCUACAUAGAUAG